UCUCAUCUCAGCCGUUCCAGUUCUCUUCUUCGCGAGCGAACGAGCGAGCGAGAGCGAGAGGAAGAGAUGCAAUCAUCGUUCGUCCUCUUGAGGCCGAGCUCCUCCGAUGGCGGUGGAGGACUCUUCGCCCCAUCCCGCAAACCCAUCCGAUUCCUCAGACUAUGGGAGUUCUCGGAGGCCCGGACUCGGCGGCCUGCUGACCGCCCAGCCGCGCCUGCAGCGGCGAUGAACGGAUGGGAGCAAGACCACUACUCUGUCCUCGGACUCCCUCGCACUGCCUCCGCCGCCGACGUCAAGCGCUCUUACCGUCUUCUUGCUAGAAAGUAUCAUCCAGAUGUUAGCAGGGACUUGCGGGCUGGAGAGGUUUUUAAGAGCAUUCGCGCUGCAUAUGAGGUUCUGUCUGAUGAAGUUAAAAGAAGUCAAUAUGACAGGACACUAAUGUUCCAAGGCAGUACAGAGAGACAAUGGAGGAGAAGGUGUACCACCCAUCCAGACGUCGCUGAUGAAAUGCGAAGGAGAAUAUUUAGAUGGGAAGAACUGAGACGGCAAAUGCAGCAUGAAAAGCAGAACGGAGAGGACUCAUGGUAUCGUCAAAGAGACAUAAACCGGGAAGCUUCAGACAACGAAAGAGGCCCUUUCAGUGAAGUGCUGAGGUUCGCCUUUCUCACAUUGUUCCUAAUGCAGACGGUCGGAUGCAGAGCAUCCCUUACAUUCUGCGGACUCACUGCUCUGCUAGACAAUCAUUUGGACUUUGGAUAUAAGAUCGGGUAUCUAGUCGCAUGGCUUUUAGGCGGGCGUGGUGGUAUUCUACUCACACUAUGCAUCAAUUUCUCAAGCUGGCUUUGCGGGAAGAACAACAGCAGCCUUGUUGCCCUGGUGAUCGUCGCAAUGUGGGUGGGAGUUAACCUUGCAAGAUUCGCGCCUCUCCCUCAAGGUGCAGUCCUCGCAUUGCUAUACAUGUCGAUAAAACUUCAAGUUGAUCUAAAGUGAUGCUAUAUACUACACUAGUAAAAUAGAAACAUCAACCUGUAAAGCUGAUGAAAGUGUUCAUUAUGUAUAACUGUUCAUCCUCCAUUAAACUUCAAUUAAACUUCAAUGAAGAUUGUUAUGACCUUGAGUAGAA